AUAUUUCUUGCUAUUCUGUGCCUUUUGGGUACAGUUUGGGCAGACUCUACACCCCGAUCGCUAGCCGAUUGUAUACAAGCCGUAAUAGAUGCUGGCUAUUCAUAUCCACAGCCACAAGUAAAAUUCUCCAUUGGUCCAGGUGAAACCAAACUCAAAGCUACACCCCUAGAAUCGUCCUCCUAUUCAUCGUCGUCAUCAUCGUCUUCAUAUGAAUCAUCAGCGUCAUUCUCCGGUUAUUCUCACGGUGGGGGACAAGCAAAAUAUGUAGCUCCCAUUAAGAGCGCAGCAUACCAACCGGCCGUUACAUAUGCCAAGGGCGGCAGCAUAACAUAUGCUGAUAAAUCGCCAGCCUCCAAAUAUGCUGCUGUUGUGCCAUCGGGUAUUGAAUUUAAAAAUCUGGUAACACCCACCAUUAACUUGCCCACCAAGAAAAUUACCAAUGCCUACUUACCACCACCGGUACCACAAGGUUCAAAGGUGGAAUCAUAUGAAUCAACCGGCUUUAGUUAUACCCAAUCGACACCGGGUGUGACAAAGGUAACAACCUACACUGCUGGUGGUGGUGGAGAAUCGAAACUCAGCUAUUCUGCUCCAGCUGUUACAAAAAUUGCCAGCUAUUCAUCGCCGUUCGCUAAGACCACCCCAGUAUUUGGAUAUGCCAAAUCUGGUCAUUUGGAUUCGAUUUUCACAAGUGCUGCAUACAAUCCCCAGGCAGGACAUAUUAGCUAUGCUCCAAAGAUUUCCUAUGGCACCCCGACAGUUGCAAAAAUUUCCUCAAUUGCCUCAACCGAUCAUCUGGCCACAUUUGAAGCUCAACCAUUGUUCCCGAAAAUUGAGACACCAUCCCCAGCAGCCUAUGCCUAUGCUCCUGCGUUAUCCAAGGGUUAUUUACCCAGUCUGGAGACUAGUGGAUAUUCCAAAUCUUCCUAUGGGGCAGUCUCGCAUCAACAUGUUUCGAAACCCAUUAACUAUGUCUCGGCUCCUGUUAAGGUACCCACCUAUGCGGCACCAAUUGCUUCUCAUUAUAUUUCAGCACCAGCCAAGGUGGCAACAUUCUCUUCCGUAGGUUCUUAUCAACAUGCAUCCGCUGGCGGUGGUGGUGGUGCCAUAUCGCAUCAAUAUGUUUCGAAACCAGUUUCCCAUUUAACUGGCUAUGCUCCUGCACCAGCCCCAGUUGUGGCUAAGGUGGCUGCUGCCCCAGUUACGGUUACAAAAUAUGCUGGCGGAGGUGAUGGUUCGGUACACUACACAACCAGUGCCAGUUCAGGACAUUAUGCAACAGGUGGCAAUGGUGCCAUAUCUUCACAAUAUGUCUCGAAACCAACGGCAUAUGUUGCACCCGCAAUAGCCAAGACAAUAACUUAUUCCGCACCACUUGCCAAGCCCCAAGUGGCAUAUGUAGCUCCGUCAGUGGCUAAAGUUGCAGUUACACCAGCUGUAACAAUUUCUGGCGGAGAAUCUGUGAAAUAUUCAUCUGGCGGGGCAGUUUCCCAUCAAUACGUAUCGAAGCCAACGGCCCACAUUACUGGCUAUGCUAGCCCGGCUCCAGUGGCAAAAGUAGCCACCUACACUGCUCCAGCUAUCGCUAAGGAAGUUACUUACACAGCACCUGCUUCGGCCCACUUCAGUGUUUCUGGUGGACGCUUCUCUCAUGGUGGCCUUGCAUAUUUGCCUCCCGAAGCUCCUAAAGUCGCCACCGGAGCGGUGUCGCAUCAAUACGUCUCGAAACCAGCCGUCCAACUAAGUGGUUAUGCUGUUCCACAAGUGGCAACUUAUGCCGCACCAGCAGCGGUGGUAAACAUUGGUGGCCACGGUGGAGGUUCAGCUCAUUACUCGUCCAGUGGAGGUGCUGUAUCCCACCAAUAUGUAUCCAAACCGGCUGCAGUAGUUGCAGCUCCGGUUGUCGCCAAGGUGACCACAUAUUCAGCUCCUGCUGCCAUUAAGGUUGCCUCCUACUCCGAUGCACCCGCUGUUGCCAAAGUUGCCACAUAUUCCGCACCUGCAGCCAUUAAAAUUGCUUCGUAUUCUGGCGGUGGUUCAUCACAUUAUGCCACCUCGGGUAGUGGAGCUGCUUCCCAUCAAUAUGUAUCGAAACCCGCUCAGGUUGCUGUAGUUCAAGCUCCCGCUGUUGCCAAAGUAGCCACAUAUGCUGCACCCGCUGUUGCCACUUAUGCUGCACCUGCUGUAGUUAAGGUUGGCUCCUAUGCCGGUGAAAGUCUAUCUCACUUCUCUUCGUCGGGUAGUGGUGCGGUAUCCCAUCAAUAUGUCUCCAAGCCUGCUCAAGUCAUUCAAGCUCCAGUUGUGGCCAAGGUGGCCACAUAUUCUGCACCCGCAGCAGUUAAAGUUGCCAGUUAUUCCGGAGGUGGUACAUCUCACUACGCCAGCUCUGGUAGCGGUGCUGUUUCUCAUCAAUAUGUAUCAAAACCGAUUCAAGCUACUGUACUACAGGCUCCUGCUGUAGCCAAAGUUGCGACAUACUCUGCACCUGCAGCUGUUGUUAAAGUUGGUUCCUAUGCGGAUGCUCCCGUGGUUGCCAAAGUGGCAACAUAUGCCGCUCCAGCAGUGGUUAAAGUAGAUGGUGACUCGGCUCAUUACGCCGCGUCCGGCAGCGGAGCUGUAUCCCAUCAAUAUGUUUCCAAACCAGCACUGGCAACAUACGAAGCACCAGCAGCAGCACCCGCUGUGGCCAAGGUAUAUUCAGCACCAACAAUAUUGGCUGGAUCGGCUGACUAUGCGGCUGGCGGUAGCUCAUCACAUUUCUCCUCAUCUGGAAGUGGUGCUGUCUCACAUCAGCAUGUCUCGAAACCUGCAGCACCGGCUGUACAAAAAGUUGCAAUUAGUGCUGCUCCUGCUGUGGUCACCUACACCGAUGGCGGCGGCAGUUCAUCUCGCUAUGUCAGCCAAAGUCGAGGAUCUGUUCAGUAUGCCAGUUCAGGCAGUGGCGGUGCCGUAUCUCAUCAAUAUGUAUCAAAACCGACUACCCACCUUACCGGUUAUGCUGCUCCAGCUGUUGCCAAAAUUGCAACCCUGACAUCGCCAGCAGUUACCCAAUAUGUAUCAGCUCCGGCUGUGGUAAAGGGUGCCACAUAUAGCUCCUCUGGUGCUGGUGCUGUAUCACACCAAUAUGUCUCUAAGCCAGCUGUAGUUGCAGCUCCCGUUGUAGCUGCACCCGCCAUUAGUCAAUAUCAUGCCGCUGCUCCCGUUGGUUUGGCCAAGGUUGCAACUUAUCAGAGUAGUGGCAGUGGCGCUGUGUCCCAUCAAUAUGUUUCGAAACCCGUCCAGGCUGCAGUUAUAGGCAAGGUUGCAGCAUACCCCGCACCUGCUGUCACUCAUUAUGCUGCACAGCCAGCCAUUGCUAAGGUGGCAACCUAUCAACAACCCAUAUCAGCGGUAAAAUAUCAAGGUGGCGGUGCCGUAUCUCAUCAAUAUGUUUCCAAACCAGGUGGUAUUUUGGCUGCUGGACCCAAGAUAGCUACAUAUGCUCCAACUGCUCCUGUUCUAUCUGGCUCCUACUAUAGCGGUACCUCGGGAUCAGGGACAACAUAUCAACACAUCAGCCAACCCACACUGAUCUCGGGACCAGCCAAACCAUUGUACAGUGGAGUUUCGUAUGGUGGCCAAUAUGCUGCUGGAGGUUAUGCUUCUCAUCAAUAUGUAUCACAACCGCAAGCUGCAAUUGCCGCACAUAUUGGUGUCUCAGGACCAGGUUACAAUAAGUUGGCAGCAAUUUCAUCCAGUUCUCAUGCCUCUGGGGCGGUAUCACAUCAAUAUGUUUCGAAACCCGUUAAAGGAGUAGUUGUUGCGCCGUUACCAGCUCCCGCCAUUGCAAAGGUCACCCCUGUCUACAAUCCACUUUUGUCGGGUGUUGGCCACGGCUCAGGUGGUUAUGUGUCAUCCGGCUAUAAGAGCGUAUCUUCGGGUGCUGUAUCCCAUCAAUAUGUUUCCAAACCUGCUGCCGUCUUGGCAACCCCUGUCAUUGGCAAAUCUGUAAGCUAUUCUGCACCACUUGUGGCUCAUGGCGGUCCAGCUAUAGGUAAGGUGGUUACACCAAUAUUAAGUGGCGUUAGUUCGGGUAAAUAUGAAUCUCAUGGAGCUGUCUCUCAUCAAUAUGUAUCGAAACCAGCCUAUGGAGCGAAACUCAUACCAGCCAGUGGUCCAGCAAUUGCUGGCGGAUUACAUUUGGGCGGUGCAAUUGCUCAUCAACCUACCACGUUUACAUCUCCCAUUGUGGUAGAAGGUUCUGGACAUGCAGGUUCGGCUGCUAAAAUUGCAAUUACUUCGGGUGGAGGUCAUGGAGGCGCCGUUUCACAUCAAUAUGUUUCACAGCCAUCGCUGGUUAAGGGAGCUGGUAUCUCACUCGUUGGCAAAUCAGGUUUAGGCCUAAGUGGUCUUGGUCACGGAACAGCUUCUUAUGUAACAAAAUCUGUGCAAGGUCCAGCUAUUGGUUUGGCUGCGGGACAUGGUAUUGGUUUGGCUGCUGGUCAUGGAAUUGGUUUGGCAGCGGGACAUGGUAUCGGCUUGGCUGGACAACAUAUUGGUCAAGGUUAUUAUGGAGCUGUUAGCCUUGGACAUUUUGGUACUUCUCCAGCAUUGAAUUAUCAAAGCGUCUUAGCCGGUCAUGGACGUGGUGGCGCCUUAUCUGGUCAUGGAGCUGGCUAUGGUGGCAUAUUACAUGGCGGUUUAGCGCCACUUGCCGGUUACGAUCAUGGAAUUGGUGGUAUUGGACCAAAUGGAGCUGGUUUCUAUAGAUAUGCACCCAUUGCUCCAGCCCUAAGUUCUCAUAGUCUGACGCCUGAGGCCUAUUUGAAAACGGCGCCAAUAAUCAAGUCAGCUAAAAUUAAAGUUAUGACGGAAAAACAUUUAGAAUACUUUAACGAUCAUCCUCGUUAUGCAUUCGAAUAUGGCGUCAAUGAUCCAACAACGGGUGAUAUUAAACAUCAACGCGAAGAACGUGAUGGUGAUGUGGUUCGUGGUGAAUAUUCACUAGUGGAGCCAGAUGGUAAUGUGCGUACCGUUAAAUAUUAUGCAGACUGGGAAACUGGUUUCCAUGCCGAAGUUAUCAAUAGUCGAGAUUCUGUAAAGACACUAACUAAACGUACUGCCAGUAAAUCAUAAAUUAAGCGUAGUCAGCUGUUUUUUUGGGGCGUUCCUACUAUACGAUUUUAUUUUUGUUAUAAA